AUGUCCUCGCGUAGAGAAUCGCCCUCGCGGCAUGUCCGCAGCAUCCGCGACGCGCCUGUCCGCUUCCAGCCCUCCAUGCGGGAAGGUGGUCGACCUGGCACACUGUGGAUGUGUCCAGGAGACACCAUCAUCAACUAUUCCACGACGUGGCACGUGUUUUACGCAUCUGGCAUGCAACUGACAUGUUGCCCGCCAUGCUACAACUCCUACGCGACAGGAAGCACCCUCCCCUUCGCCGUCGAGGAGCUAGCAGCCUCGAGAUGCAUGUUCCACACGAAGCGUGCGCAAGCUCUACUACUCGCUGGCGAGACUGUUGGGCUCACUGCCUACUUCCGGAUUCGAACUCGGACCAAGGACUGCCCCGGGCCGAUUGACUGCACGAGGACUGCGGGCAUAACCUGGUAUAGAGCCAUCAAUGGGCCCGUUGGCAUGUUGUGCUGCGAGGCGUGCUUCGAAGACCACGUCAAGGCAAACGCUUGGGCAGCACGGUUUGAGCGAGUGACGGAUCCUCCGGAAGGGACAGCGAUGUGCGGCUUCGCCUUGGAAAGCGUACGUGACGGGUACAUCAAGCUCGCGCCUGACCACUGGGACGAGUGGAGGAGACUCGUAGACCGCCGCCGAGUUGUGAGGCCUUGCACGAGCAGCGACGUCAAAGCGGGCACGCGCAAGUGGUAUACCAUCACACCAGCGAUCACUGGUCUCGUCGUCUGCGAGGCAUGUUACCUCGACAAGGUCACACCAAGUCGUUUCGCCACGCACUUUGUUCCAUACGUCGUCGGCAACCCCAACGACCUGUACAUGUGUGACUUUUCGAGUCUCUACUUUGUCUUCCCGUUUGUGGUCGCCGAUGAGACCAACGCAUGGGGCAAGUUCCAGACAGCGGCCAGUCGUGUCAUGGACUGUGCCAUGGCACAGAUGAACGGUGGGCGCCAGCAAUUCUGGGGCCUUGCGCCUGGGCUUAUGGGCCGCGAGUCGGACUGGGACGUGUGCGAAAAGUGUUACGCAAGCCUCUUUGAGCCAUACGGUUUCGAUCGUUUCCUUCAGCCCCGUCCCCCAUCCAAUGCGUCUCGCCGGGCUGGAGUCCUGGCGCGGCAAUGUAGUAUGUGUCCGAGGGCGCCCCGCAAGACUGAGAUGCUCGCCAGGCUGCAGGAAGCUGCUUACGCUGGGGUCUUUAGCCACUUUAGCGACUGGGCGCGCCGCGCCGCAGGAGCUCGUCACCACGAGCGGCUGGAGGGGUUGUGUUAUACUUCGGGAGAGGAGGUGCGUAGAGCAUCUUGA